UGUCAAGCUUUAGAGUUAUCUUGGAAGAGAGGAUUCGAAAUGUUCAUCGUCGUUCGUUAUGGAGAAAAUGAGCAAAGUCUUUUCAAUUUGAACUGUCGAACAAGAGUUCUGUACGAGAAUAUCAAAGAACGAUGCGACUGUGACUCAGAAGAUUGUAUAGACCUAGCAGACGAGAACGGCGUUCUGAAGGGCUUCCCUGACCGUCUUACAGAAAAUGAAUAUGGAUGCGAGUUUCUCACAAGUCGAGCUUCGUACAUUCUUCUACAAAUACACUUUACGACAACAAAAAAUGGGGUCACCAAAUCGUACACACCAAUGCUGAACGGCGUCUCAGAAUCAAUUCCUGACUUUAUGUCAAAGCUAUACAAUAAAAAAGUCAACCCGGACAUCGUAACCAGCGGACGUCCGUCAGCACAAAGAAACGUUGUAUCUCCUCGGAUUUCGGGCAUCAGCAGGGCAAAGAUAUCGCUAUCAAAACCACUCAGCAGGGGUACCCAGGGGAGAAAGAGUAAAUCUUGAGGCCCCGUAAAAAGAAUUGAAUGAUAGUGUUUUGUUUCUUUCGUUCUCAUUGUUUUAUAAUAAACUACGGUA